CUUGGGAAUGACCUUGCCUCUCCCCGCCUCAGUUUCCUCCUCUGUCAGAUAAGCGGGCGGUGCCCCAGAAUGUGGUCUCUUCCACUUCUCCAUCCACAGUAUUCUAUUUGACAGCACCCCAGGAGUAUUGGACUGUAGGCUCUUUGAGGUCAGGGACAGUUUUUUUCUAUCUUUGAAUAACCAGCGCUUAGCACAGGGCCUGGCACGUGUUGGCGCUUAAUAAAUGCUUGUUGACUUGACUUGACUUGGAAGGGUCCUCUGGGAUCGUCGAGUCCAGACCUUAAGUUUUACAAAUGGCGAAUAUCAGGCCUUAGAAAAGAGAAAUGACCUGUCAGAGGUUAGAAAGUAAAUUACCCAGAACCAACUAGGUCUUCUCCUUCUAAGUUGAGUGCCCUUUGCAUUACCCAGCAAGAAAUCCAGAAUCCUGUGAGCUCUGCAUCUAGAUAGCCAUGGUGUGGGUAGGUGCUGUUCACCAGCCCCUGAGGUGAGAGAGUCCUCAGCAUAGGCCAGAGCUUUCAUGAUCAUAUGGCCGUGUUAAGCCUUCAACUGGGAGAGAACCACCACUGAUAAGAGAUGUUUCCGCUGAAGUUCUUGGUCCAGCACAGCCAACUCUUGCUUUGUGUAUUGGCUUCAAGCGAGAGGGCUGGCGUCCAGCCAGGGCAGUAGCUGCUUAGUCCCACCUCUGCCACUCACCAGUGGACAAAAAGGUGUUUGGAGAGUCACUGUUGCCGCCAAUGGGGAGGUGGACCUUUGGCUUGACCUUCAUCUGGAAGGUGAUGCUGACUCUGGGACUGGUACUUCUCUACUACUGCUUCUCCAUUGGCAUCACCUUCUACAACAAAUGGCUAAUGAAGAGUUUCCACUUCCCUCUCUUCAUGACCCUGCUUCAUCUCGUAGUGAUAUUCCUUUUCUCGGCUCUGUCCCGAGCGCUGGCACAGUGCUGCCACCAGCGCCCUCGAGUGGUGCUGAGCUGGGCCGACUACCUCCAGAGAGUAGCUCCCACAGCUUUGGCAACGGCACUUGACGUGGGUCUGUCUAACUGGAGCUUCCUGUACAUCACCGUCUCACUGUACACAAUGACCAAGUCCUCGGCAGUCCUCUUCAUUUUGAUCUUCUCUCUGAUCUUCAAGCUGGAGGAGCUGCGGGCAGCGCUAGUCCUGGUGGUCCUGCUUAUUGCUGGUGGCCUCUUCAUGUUCACUUAUAAGUCCACACAGUUCAAUGGAGAGGGAUUUGCCCUGGUGCUAGGGGCCUCGUUCAUUGGAGGAAUUCGAUGGACCCUUACCCAGAUCCUCCUACAGAAGGCUGAACUAGGUCUCCAAAAUCCUAUUGACACCAUGUAUCACCUGCAGCCACUCAUGUUUCUGGGACUCUUCCCCCUUUUUGCUGUUUUUGAAGGUCUACAUUUGUCUACAUCUGAGAAAAUCUUCCGUUUCCAGGACCCAGGGCUCCUCCUGGGUAUACUUGGGUCUCUCUUCUUAGGUGGGAUACUUGCCUUUGGCUUGGGCUUUUCAGAGUUCCUAUUAGUCUCCAGAACCUCCAGCCUGACCCUCUCCAUUGCUGGGAUUUUUAAGGAAGUCUGUACUUUACUGCUGGCAGCUCAUCUGCUGGGAGACCAGAUCAGCCUGCUGAACUGGCUGGGCUUUGCCCUCUGUCUGUCUGGGAUAUCCCUCCACAUCACCCUCAAAGCCCUCCACUCCAAAGGUGAAAGUGGUCCUAAGCCCCACAAAGGGCCUGUCUCCAGCUCUGACCUGGAACUACUCCUGCGGAACAGGGAGCCUGGUGACGAGGAAGAUGAGGAUGAGGGAGAAAAAUACUUUGUGGCCCAGGGGCAGUAGUGACCUGCCUGGCUGGUACAGCCUGUACCAUCCCACCCCUUUCCUGCACUGAUUCUUCUUUGUACACCAUUGGUAGCCAACCAUGUAGGCAGAUCCAAGUGCCCUGCCUCAUCAGAUGGGCAGCAGUGGGCUCUGUGAUGCCCAGACUGGGACUCUGCUGAUAUAACGUAUCAGUAUGGAAGAUGAUGGGUGAAAUGGCUGUUAUAGUCGUGUUCUUGGUAUCCAGGACCAAAUGAGACCUGUGUGGACCAUCAGGGUGAAGUAGAUAUAUUACCAGGCCUUGAGAAGGGCAAGACUUGGGUAGGGGUCACAGUGGGUGAUAGGAAUGGGCUGGUUCCCCUAGAUUGGUUCCCUAAGACCUCUUAGACCAAGAAUUGUCAUAAUUCAGGGGAUAAUCAAGAUUACUGCCAGAAAAAAAUGUAAACUGUAGACUAUUCCCCAGCUAGGGGAAGGUGGAGGGGCUGGGACCUCAACCUGGAGACCUUCUUUGCUCAGAGAGCAGUUUUAUUUAUAGUUUGGAAAUAAAUGCUUUAUGGUCCACUGACCACCA